AUGAGUGAAGAUGAAACUAAGAACGUUCGAAAUAAUAGCACUAACCAACAGGCCAUUAUUUCGGGUAUGAAACAUGAGGAUACUGAUGAGAAUAAUGAUGGUGAAGGGGUUAUGGUAAAUACUACAAGUUCGGUAACGGUGGAAAACACUGCCACAAUAGAUGCCCCUGUCGCUUCAGCUGCAGUAUACCAAGAUACUCCAGCUUAUCAGCUGUCCUAUGUUGUUGGGGUUGCAGAGAAUAAAAAUGCGAAGUUUAGACGGGCUAUGGAGGAUGUGCAUACUUACGUGGAGAACUUUUCUUCCCGGUUGGACUGGGGGUAUUUUGCGAUAUUUGAUGGACAUGCUGGUAACCAAGCCUCGAAAUGGUGUGGCUCACACCUACAUACUAUCAUUGAGGAGCGGAUAUUGCAGGGUGAUAGCCAAGAUGUGAGGGAUGUUUUAAAUGAUUCAUUUGUAUAUGCUGACCAGCAAAUAAACAGUACACUGGAGGGGAAUAGUGGUUGUACGGCAGCAGUGGGAAUAUUACGUUGGGAAGUUCCUUCGUCAAUACCAAAUCAGUCAAUAAAUCUGGAUCAGCAUAAGAGGAUGCUAUAUACAGCUAAUGUGGGCGAUACGCGGAUAAUAUUGUUCAGGAAUGGUCGCAGUGUGAGAUUAACUUACGACCAUAAAGCCUCCGAUAUAAUUGAGAUGCAAAGGGUUGAACAAGCAGGAGGGUUGAUUAUGAAAAGUAGGGUUAAUGGCAUGCUUGCAGUAACAAGGUCACUUGGAGAUAAAUUUUUCGAUUCUUUAGUAGUUGGAAACCCAUUCACUACCAGUGUAGAAAUAACGACAAGUGAUCAAUUUUUGAUAAUUGCAUGCGAUGGCUUAUGGGAUGUUGUUGACGAUCAAGAAGCCUGUGAGAUGAUUAAAGAUGUGGAGGAUGCCAACGAAGCCGCGAGGCUGUUGGUCAGGUAUGCGUUGGAAAAUGGUACGACGGACAACGUAACAGUAAUGGUUGUGUUUUUUCAUAACCACCAGUAG